CGCCUCUUCCUGCCUUGGCUUGUUUACUUCUUGCAAGCCUCUCUGCAAAGAAAGAGCUCUAGGUUUCCUUUAUGGAGAUAACCAUGUAUGUUGUGAAGCCGGAAUGGGAUCUCCUGGAUCCGGGCCAGAAGGAUGUCUGCAAUGUCAAGGAUGUCAAGGUGGAGGAUGAUGGCAAAGUGGCUCCUGCGGCUGAAAAUGAGCAAGAGCAUGAGAAUUAUUUGGAGGCACCUCUAAUACCCCCAGAAGUAAGACAGCAUCAAACGAGCCAAGAAGUUUUGGAAUAUGAAGAGAGAUGGGAAAGGGACGAAGGAAACCCACCAGAAACAGGAAGGACGGAUCCAUUUGCUUCUCAGUGGCAUGACGGCGGUGAACUCCUGACGUUGCAGGAAAAUCCCCAAGGAGAACGAAAAGAAAACUGUCCCGUCUGUGGGAAAGCCUUCAAAGAUAAAUGGCUUUUGAACGCACACUGCCGAAGCCACACGGGUGAAAAACCAUUUCGGUGCGCGGAGUGUGGGAAAACCUUCAUUCAGCGUGGGAAUCUGUAUUUGCAUCAACGGAUCCACACAGGGGAGAAGCCUUACAAAUGCCUGCAAUGCGAAAAGAGCUUCAGCGUGAGUCGGAGCCUCCUGUCCCAUCAAAGGACCCACACGGGGGAGAAACCCUAUACGUGCCCGGAAUGUGGAAAGAGCUUCAGUCAGAGUGGGUCUCUGCAGUCACACGAAAGAACCCACACGGGAGAGAAGCCCUAUAUCUGCCCUGAAUGCGGAAAGCGCUUCAGUCGGGAUCGGAAUCUGCGUUCGCACCUCAGGACCCACACGGGCGAGAAACCUUAUCAAUGCACGGAAUGUGGAAAGAGCUUCAGUCAUAGUGAAUCGUGCGUCAAACAUCAAAGGACCCACACUGGAGAGAAACCAUAUAACUGCCCCGAAUGUGGAAAGAGCUUCAGUUACAUUGGAAGUCUUCAGUCGCAUCGAAGAACCCACACGGGAGAGAAGCCAUAUAUCUGUAGCGAAUGCGGAAAGAGCUUUGCGAACAGGGGAAAUCUAGAUGCGCAUCAAAGAACCCACACAGGGGAGAAACCUUACGUAUGCGAGGAAUGUGGAAAGAGGUUCAUCAACAGUGGACUUUUAGAUGUCCAUCGGAGAACGCACACGGGAGAAAAACCAUACAUAUGUAUGGAAUGUGGGAAGAGCUUCACUCGGAGAGGUUACCUACACGCACAUCAGAGAACCCACACGGGAGAGAAACCCUAUAAAUGUGAUGAAUGUGGGAAAAGCUUCCGUCGACAUGGACACUUGCGUUUACAUCGAAGGACACACACAGGGGAGAAACCCUAUACGUGUGAUGAGUGUGGAAAGAGCUUCACUAACAGUGGAAAUCUAGAUGCGCAUCAAAGAACCCACACAGGAGAGAAACCAUAUAUGUGCCUGACAUGUGGAAAGGGCUUCAGCCAGUGUGGAUCUCUGUAUUUACAUGAGAGAAAGCACACGGGAGAGAAACCAUACACGUGCAUGGAAUGUGGGAAGAGCUUCAAUCGGAAUGACUAUCUGAAGGCACAUCAAAGAAGUCACACAGGAGAGAAGCCUUACAAGUGCAUGGCAUGCGGAAAGAGUUUCAAACAGAAUGGAUCUCUGUGUGCACAUGAAAGAACCCAUACAGGAGAAAAACCAUAUGUGUGCAUGGAAUGUGGGAAGAGUUUCAAUUCGAAUGCAAUUCUGCUCACGCAUCAGAGAAUCCACACAGAGGAGAAACCUUAUAAGUGCAUGGAGUGUGGGAAAUGCUUCCGCGAGGGUGGACAUCUUCAGUCACAUCAGAGAACUCACACGGGAGAAAAACCAUACGUAUGUCCUGAAUGUGGCAAGACCUUCCGGGAGAGUGGACAUCUGCACUCCCAUCAAAGAACCCACACGGGAGAGAAACCAUAUCAAUGUAUGGGGUGUGAAAAGAGCUUUACUAAUAGUGGGUCUCUGUAUUUACAUCAAAGAACGCAUACGGGAGAAAAACCUUACACGUGCAUGGAAUGCGGAAAGAACUUCAGUCGCAACUACCAUUUGCAUAUACAUCAGAAAAUUCAUACAACGGAGAAACCAUAUGAAAUACUUGGAAUGUGAAAAGAGACUGAAAGGAGGAAACCAUGAAAAUGAACAAAACCUGGCUACCAAUAUUAAAAAAAACUCUAAAAUUACAACAGCAAAACAACAGACUGGAAACAAUCAG